UCUAUGACCUACAUCAAUCUAUGAAUUCAUAGAUAAACACAUGUGGUUAGUUGUCUUAACCUCAACUUUUUAACACUUUCUGUAAUACAGUAAUUUUAAUACUUAAUUAAAAUAAAGACCUAACUGGAACAAUUAAGGAUGCUGGAGACUAUUUCACUUAAGAAGAAAUCACAAAAAAAGGUCACACUUCGUACUGUAAAGAUUAAACAUGGACUGAAGACAGGGAAAAUUAAAUUACUGGAAAAGAUUGUUAAAAGACGCAUGAAAGGAACAGGAAUAGUACUGCUAAAACAUCUACCUCAUGGAUUUUUUGAAAAUGAACUACGCAAAUACUUCUCUCAGUUUGGGGAAGUGCUAAAUGUUGUAUUAUGUAGGUCUAUGAGGACAGGGCAAAGCAAAGGAUAUGCUUUUAUUCAUUUUGCUGAAGAGGAAGUUGCCAAAAUUGCAGCAGAAACCAUGGAUAAUUAUUUAAUGUUUAAAAAGAGAAUGAUUGCUCAAUUUUUAACUCCAUCUGAAGCUCCUUCGAUGAUAUUUAGAAGAAAACCAAUAACUCCCACAAAUAUACCUUUGAAAAGGAUUAGAGAUAAAAUGAAUAAAAGAAAAAAUGCAACACUGACUCAAAGUCAAUAUGAAGAGAAAUGUAAAAAAAAACUUUAUAAAUUACGAAAAGUUACAAAUAAGCUUGCCAAAUUGGGAAUCGAUUACAAUGUAACUGUCCAGAAUGCACCCAAUCUAGAACAGAAUAAGGAAAAAGUAUCUAAGAAAGGCAAAAAUAUUGUUGUUAAAAGUACUGAUAAUGAAAUAGAAAAAACAAAUGUUAAAGGCAAUAAAAAAGACAGGAAAACGAAGUCUCCAACUAUAAGAAAACUAAAUGAAACUGUAAAAACAGGAGAAGCACGUGCAGGUAUGAAGAAUGUAAAUAAAUUGUCUUUAAAGAAUAUACCCAUGAAAUCAAAAUCUCCAAAUAAAGUAGAAAAGACAAAUAAGACACUUGAAAGUAAGACAAAUAAGGAGGAAUUGUCAUUAAAACGUAGUCCCAAGAAGGUGAAGUCUCUAAAUAAAUUGGAACUUAUUGAAACUAAGGCAAAAACAAAGAAAACACCUGAAAGUAAGAAAAAUAAAAAAGAAUUGUCAUUAAAACCUAGCCCCAAGAAACUGAAGUUUCCAAGUAAACUGGAACAUAUUGAAACUAAAGAAAAAACAAAGAAAACACCUGAAAGUAAGAAGAAUGAAAAGCCCUUGUCAUUAGAAAACAGCCCCAGAAAAGACAAGUCUUUAAAUAAAACGAAGCUUAUUCAAAUUAAAGAAAAGACAAAGAAGGCACUCACAAGUAAAAAGAAUGAAAAUAAAAGGUCAUUGAAAACUAUUUCAAAAGCUAAAAAUAAAAUAACAAAAACAAAGAGUCAGAAAAAGGAUGUAAAGAAAUUAAAAUCAGCUUUGGAGCAAUAUAUGGUAGAAAAUGUUGGUAAAUUCAAGCCUACACUUAGAAGUCAAACUGCAAAAAAGAAAUAAAAAUCAGUUGUAUUUUAAUAAUGUUAAGAGACUUAAAAUGAAUUGUAAUUACAAACAUUUGCAAAGUCAUUAUUUUAUUGUGAUUGUUCAUAAAUUCAAUAAAUAAUUUUAAUAUA